UGACAGGUAUUGCAGGACAUCUAAAGGAUACUGUUUGUUUUUAUUACUUUGACUUACUUCCAUAAUAUUGAUGCAGUAAAAGUAUAAAAGGAAGUGUGGCUAGCUAGAAUAUAUAUAUAUAGAAUUAUUCAAGCAGCAUUCAGGAGGUUCCUUGUCGGGGCACUGUAUGUGACAUCUAUUUACUGGGCUGGGUACCAUGCAGAGGUUUUCUCCAGGUACUCAUGGUUUCCUCCACCCACCCCUUCCAUUUCCCCCCUACUGAGAAAAAUCACCUCAAGUUGGAAGCCCUUUUCCUACUGUCAACCAAACCCUACCCAGCCGAAAUAAGCUGCUUGACCUAUCUGGGAUGGGAAAGUUGUAUUUAUUUUGACAGCAGUACUUUUCUUAUUUAUUUCCUUGUUAUUUCAAUGUUCAGUAUUACUGUUAGAAGAUGCAGGGAGAUAUAGAGAAUCAAACAGAUGUUCAUGAAAAAUGCUGAAUACAGAGUGAAAUUGAGUAUCAAUAACUAUGAUUUUCUCCCCAUUCAUUUGUCGUUAUGUAGUUUUGCUUUAAGAGAAAUAGCCUCAGCAUUAAAAUCUGAUGUUCAGUGCCACUAUACCACUGUUAAAGAUGUGGUAGUCUGACAUGGAAUGAUUCACUAAUAUAACUGUACACAUUGGGGGUGAAUAAAACUGAAGGAUAAGGGCAAAGGGAGUAUUAGGUGACAUUCUAUCAUCUUGCACUUGUUAAUUAUGAGCUUUAUCAGAUGCAGUUUGACAGAUUAUCCUAUAUGAGAGAGAGACAGAAAAAGUGUGAUAGUGAGAGGGGAAAUAAAGGAAUGUUCAAGUGAAUCAUAUGGUGGCUGGCACCACCACAAUUUUUCUCUCUCCCUUCACUUGAAAUGUGCCUCAUUGGAGAACAAGAGCUGUCAACAUGUCAAGUUAGGAAUACAGGAGAGGAGCAAACAAGUGAUCAUAGGGAGGAAGGUUCAUCCAAUCCAUCAAAAGACAGCAGUGGUGUUCUGAAAGAUAUUUUUACUUUGAUGAAGGAGGUGGUUCAAACACUUACCUGCAUCCAGAAGUCCACAAAAGAAGAAAUCCAAAAGAUGACAAGUGUUCUCUGUGAGGAAACAAAACUCACCCAUGGACUUCUUGAGAACAUUUUGAAAGAAUUGCAAGGACAGAAUCUUAUCACAUAUAAUAGGACUUAUAGCAUUCCUGACAACAAAACAUUAUCAGAAGAUUGUCAUUAUAGAGAUGUGGGCAAGAAGCUUGCAAUGUGUGAUCCACUAGAGAAGUAUUACAGAGAUGGCCGGGAGUUUUCCACAGAACAACAUUCUCAAAAUGCAGAAAGCAGAGAAGUUUCUGCAACAACAGUGGCAGUGAACCAGUCACUAUCAGAAAAUGGAGCAUUUGAAAGCUUUCAACAAUCAGAGAGCAUCUUGGAUUCAAGAGAAACAUACGGCAGUCAUAUAACAGAUGGUGUCGUCAACAGUUUGCCAACAGCUCAAAACAACCCACUAGAGAGGGGAACAGGAGACUCUGAGAAAAAUAUUGCUGAGAUGUCAUCUCCUUUUCCAGUUUCCAAAAACUAUAUAGAAGUUUCAGGCAUAAGAGUGAAAGGUGGACCUGAUGUAGACCUACAGCAUUUGCAUGAUGCUCUUGCACGAGCCAGACUGCCAGAUCCAUUAUCUUCACCCAGAGCACGUUCUUAUGAUACAGUCUUGUGCCUGGACACUUCAGAGAGUAUGCACGAGGGUGGAGCUUUUCAACAAAUGGUCAACAUCGUUAAUCAGUUUGUUGAUGGAGUGGAAGAUGUUGUCAAUGAAUCUGGAUCUGAAGAGAACAUUAGUGUGGUCACUUUGGAGGCCAGGCCGACGUUGCACAGCAUCUUACCAAUGAUUUUUCUCGUGUCAGAGAUGCCAUUGAACGUAUUGAAGUUGGUGGUAGUUCCCCUUUUUAUGAUGCAUUCCUUGUUGCAUUAGCUGCUCUU